UUUCAGUUAGCUGGAGGCGGGCGGCGAGUGGGUGGCUUCGCUACGAGCAGAGGAGUCUGUGGUCGCCGCCAUCGUCGCCACCUUUGUAAUGGCCCACAAGCAGAUCUACUAUUCGGACAAGUACUUCGACGAGAACUACGAGUACCGGCAUGUGAUGUUGCCAAGAGAGCUCUCCAAGCAAGUGCCCAAAACUCAUCUAAUGACUGAAGAAGAAUGGCGAAGGCUUGGUGUUCAGCAGAGUCUUGGCUGGGUCCACUACAUGAUUCAUGAACCAGAACCACACAUUCUCCUUUUUAGAAGACCGCUUCCAAAAGGCCAACAGAAAUGAAUAACUUGUCUACACUUCAGAAACUUUAUGUAUAAAUGUAUAUAUGUUGGUAGUAUUCAGUGAAUACUUGAGAAAAUGUACAAAUAAGUCUAUCUGUGCAUGAGCUGUAUUAUUCACAGCAACAGAGCUCAGUAAAAUGCAAGUAGGCUGCUAUGGUCUUCAACUUUUGCUUACUAUUAACAAGUGCCUAUUUGAUCUUGUCAAUUUUGUUCAAUAAAGUUUACAUUUUACAUGUAACGUGUUGAUUAUAACAUCUUAGAUCUAUGGCUAGAGUUCUUAGUAAUGUACCUUCCAACAACUGUUGGAGCAAUUCAUCCUGUGGGUUUACCAUUAUUGAAAUAGGUCUGAAGAAAUAAACCUGUUUUAAUGUUAA